AUGGAGUCAGCCGCGCUGGAGACAGGCCGGAAGCGGGGCCGAGCCUUAUUUCAUAAAUGCACCGCCCAGGACUCCCCGGGCUCAGGCCUGGCCACGCUGCUGCGAGGCGCCGGCCCGCCUGGGGCGGUGCCGCAGAGCCAGGCAGGGGGACCGGGACCAGGUCAGCGUUCCCCGGAGGGCGCAGGCCCCGAGGAGCCGCAGGGCCCACGGCGGCAAGCGGAGAGCGAGAGGGAAGCAGCCGCAGCGCCUCUGCUCUCAGGGGCCCCGGGCCAGCCCGGCGAGGACGACUUGCCGGCCUUGGACCUGGACUCUCUCUGGGACGAUUUCUCGCGGAGCCUCGUCGGCGACCAUCGGGAGAUGCUGGCUUUCCUCACAGGCUCAGGGGCAGGGUUGCAGCCAGAGGCUCAGCACGAGCUCGACGUGGUUCUCAGAACCAUCAUCCCGAAAAGGAGCCCGCAUUGCCCGCUCGCUGCUCCGAGGAGGGAGAUAGUCGUUCAAGAUGUCCUCAAUGGAACUGUAACUUUUUUACCUUUGGAAGAAGAUGACAAAGGGAGUUUAAAGGUUAAGAUGAGCAACGUGUACCAGAUCCAGCUCUGUCACAACAAAGAAGAAUGGUUCAUAUCUGUUUUAAUUUUCUGUCCAGAAAGAUGGCAUUCGGAUGGGAUUGUUUAUCCCAAACCCGCCUGGCUCGGACAAGAGCUGUUGGCCAGGCUGGCCAGGUGGUGUGUGGAGAGCAGGAGGAGUGGGUUUAAAAGCACCCUGUCCCUCAUCCCGAUCCUGAAGUACAGCCGGGCCUACCAGGCUCUCAAAGAGAAGUACAGAGACAUGGUCAAGGUGUGGCCUGAAGUGACUGAUCCUGAAAAGUUUGUGUAUGAAGACGUGGCUAUUGCUGCCUACCUGCUGGUUUUAUGGGAAGAAGAGAGAGCCACGCAGGGUGUGGCAGCCAAGCAGUCCUUUGUGGACUUAGGGUGCGGAAACGGUCUCCUGGUGCACAUCCUGAGCAGCGAGGGGCAUCCAGGCAGAGGGAUCGAUGUUCGCAGAAGGAAGAUCUGGGAUGUGUAUGGGCCACAGACUCGCUUAGAGGAAGCUGCAAUCACACCAGGUGAUCAGACCCUCUUCCCUGACGUGGACUGGGUAAUCGGGAACCAUUCCGAUGAGCUGACACCAUGGAUACCUGUCAUCGCAGCCAGGUCUUCCUACCGCUGCCGUUUCUUCGUCCUUCCCUGCUGCUUCUUCGACUUCGUGGGGCGAUACCGCCGGAGGCAGAGCGAGAAGACUCAGUACCGGGGCUACCUGGAUUUCAUCCAGGAGGUGGGGUCGACCUGCGGCUUCCGCGUGGAGGAGGACUGCCUGAGGAUCCCUUCCACCAAGCGAGUUUGUCUCAUCGGGAGAUCUAGAACCUACCCUCCCACUGCAGAAGUAUCCGUUGAUGCACAGAGGACCCAGUACAUCAGCCGGCGGGGCUGCCCUGGGGGCCCACCUGUGGAGGGGCCCAGUCAGCACCGCGACAGCCACAGAGCCCCGGACGCUGGGGCUGAAGGACGCUGGCUGCCUGGGUUCCACCCGAGAGACAAAGCUGAGCGUGUGAGGAACUGUGCGGCCCUCCCUCAGGAGUUCGUUGACCAAGUGGUUCUGCAAGUGGCAGAGUUGUUGUUGGGUGGGAAGCAGUUAAGCCCAAGAAGUUCUCACAGCGGGAGUCUGAAGACCUGGGAUCGAGGAGAGAGCCUCUCCCUGGCAGAAGUGGCAGGCAAGCUGGACAGGGAGACCCUGCAGAGGCUGAAGCGGGAGUGUGGUGGUCUGCAGACGCUGCUGAGAAACAACCACCAGGUGUUCCAAGUUCUGAAUGGGAGAGUGAACAUUCGCGACUGGAGGGAAGAACAGCUGCAGAAGGAGAAGCAACUAGAAGCCAAGCGCAGGCUGUUCUCUAAGGCUUUCAAAACCCGCCUCUGCUGGUUCUUCACCCACCACCCUGAUGGCUGCGCUCUGCCCACUGACCGCUGCCCGUUUGCCCACGGGCCUGGGGAGCUGCGGCCACCUCCAACUACCAAGAGGAAGAAGCAGCUUCCGUGAGCUGCAGGGGCCCAGGGAGAACGUGCUCGGCUCCUCUGUGAUCCAGGUUUUGGGCUGCUGGUGCUGAAGCCACUUUCCUUCUGCCUCCCUCCGGCAUUUGGUUCCAUGGGCACUUCCCACGCUGCACGGACAGGAGAAGCCGGAGAGGCUGAAGGCCCUCAUGCCCCCACCCGGGUCUGGGCUUGUUUCAAAUGAGGGAGCUGCCACAUGGGUGCAGCACUUUAUCCACGUGUGAAGGUUCUCAGACGUCUAGUUCAGGAGAUGUGUGAAGUGCUUGGACCGGCCCUUUUUGGGGCACCGCCUGACCCGGAUGUCAGUAUGAGGGCAGGCUCACCCGAAAGUCAGCUGCCCCAGAGACCCAGCGGGUGAGCCCCCCUCUUUUCCACCCUUCCCCAUUUACAUCUCCCAAGUACUGGUACUUUUGACCCCAGAGGAAAAAGUCCUGAUGCGUUUCUAUUUAAAAUUAUUUUUACAGUUUUAUGCACAAGUCACAUCGAUAGACACUGUCAUGGCCCUUGAUUUUUCCACAGAACAUACCCUGGCGACCUUUCCGUAGUGCACGUGUUCUCUGUUCAUGCUUGAGCAAUGGGGAUAAACUCACUGCUUGCUCUCA